GCGCCCGGCGGUGCCGAGCCGCGUACGUCGUUUCCGUUUCCGCUACGUCUUUCCUCUUCCGGCCUUGGGAGACCCGGUGCGGGCUGCUUGCGGAAGGCGGCGGGAGCCAUGGCGAUGUUUGAGCAGAUGAGAGCGAACGUGGGCAAGUUGCUCAAGGGUAUCGACAGGUACAAUCCCGAGAACCUGGCCACGCUGGAGCGCUACGUGGAGACGCAGGCCAAGGAGAACGCCUAUGACCUGGAAGCCAACCUGGCUGUCCUGAAACUGUACCAGUUCAACCCAGCCUUCUUUCAGACCACGGUCACAGCCCAGAUCCUGCUGAAGGCCCUCACCAACCUGCCCCACACGGACUUCACGCUGUGCAAGUGCAUGAUCGACCAGGCUCACCAAGAAGAGCGGCCGAUCCGGCAGAUUCUGUACCUCGGAGACCUGCUGGAGACCUGUCAUUUCCAGGCCUUCUGGCAAGCCCUGGAUGAGAACAUGGACCUCCUGGAAGGCAUCACCGGCUUCGAAGACUCCGUCCGCAAAUUUAUCUGCCAUGUCGUGGGCAUCACUUACCAGCACAUCGACCGCUGGCUGCUGGCCGAGAUGCUUGGGGACCUGACAGACAGCCAGCUGAAGAUGUGGAUGAGUAAGUACGGCUGGAGCGCUGACGAGUCGGGCCAGAUCUUCAUCUGCAGCCAGGAGGAGAGCAUCAAGCCCAAGAACAUCGUGGAAAAGAUCGACUUUGACAACAGAGCUCUCCUAUCUGUUGGUCAUUCCCCAAAUGCCCCCAACAUCUGGGCCUGGGCCAGACUGAAGCCAGAAGCGGAGAACACAGGUGGCAGGGUCCAAGAGUUCGUUGCCUCCCAGGAUGCACGGUGGCAGGAAGGCAACUGGGAACUGGGAAGGCAGCAGGGGCUGGAGCCCAGGCCCUGCACGACAAUGUAUGAAGCACCUGCCCUCACCUCUGGGCUUUCUGAAGCCCCUCGCAGACAUCACAAAAUGCCUGCCUGGCAAAAAUACGAGUGUGAAAUGAGCGAAUCCAUAUGUAACAGCGACAAGCCAGUCACACAGCUGAGUAUCAUGCAUUGUGUCAUGCACACACAUUGACCUCACACAGCCCGCCUGGUGGCUCAACAAAGCAAAACAGAUGCUGUGCUUGCACACCGUCUCCCAGUCUGUGCCCUAUGCUCUUGAGUGAUUGUGGUGUUUAAAGAUAGGAAGGGGGGGGGGUGGCUGGCGCCUGUAGUGCCGGCAUCCUAUCCCAUGUGGACGCCAGUUCGAGUCCCAGCUGCUCCACUUCCAAUCCAGCUCUCUGCUAUGGCCUGGGAAAGCAGUAGAAGAUGGCCCAAGUCCUUGGGCCCCUGCACCCACAUGGGAGACCUGGGAGAAGCUCUUGGCUCCUGGCUCCUGGCUUCGGAUCAGCACAGCUCCAGCCAUUGUGGCCAUCUGGGGCGUGAACCAGCGGAUGGAAGACCUCUCUCUGCUUCUGCCUCUGCCUCUCUGUAACUCUGCCUUUUCAAACAAAUAAAUCUAAAAAUAAUAAGUAAAAAUAAAGACAGGGAUUGGAACCAGGCAGCGCCCGCCAGAAAGCUUGGCAGGAGCCCGGCCCGAGGCUGAGCGGGCACUGGGGUUCCCAGAACGCCUGUCCAGCAGCACAUGGUGAAUCAGUCGGUGCCAGUGCUCCUGGUCCACGUCCCUGGGGUGGCUGUUGGGGUGCAGGAGGUGACACUGUCGCCCAGGGCACCCACAUCCAUACUGGAGUGCCUGGGUUUGAGUCCCACCUCCACUUCUGAUCCAGCUUCUUGCUGAUGCGCCCCUGAAAGCGGAGAUGAUGGCCCAAGUAUCGGGUCCCUGCCAGCCGCGGGGGAGACCCAGAUGGGGUUCUUGGCUGAUGGCGCCUGUUGGGCAAUGAACCUGCAGAUGGAAGAGCUCACUCUCUGUCGCUCUGCCUCUGGAGUAGAUGAAAAUACACAUUUAUAAAGGACAGGAACUAGCCACGCUGGGUUGGCACUGGGCGUUGUGAGCAUGUAUUUUAAGAUUUUUUUAAAAAUUACUUUAUUUGAAAGGCAGAAGCAGAGGCAGGCAGAGAGAGAAAGGGAGGGGUCUUCCAUCUGCUGAUUGACUCCCCAGUUGGCCGCAACAGCUGGAGCUAUGCUAACCUGACGCCAGGAGCUUCUGGGUCUCCCAUGCGGGUGCAGGGGCCCAAGGACUUGGGCCGUCUUCUCCUGUUUCCCAGGCCACAGCAGAGAGCUGGUUCAGAAGUAGAGCGGCCAGGGCCCAAACCGGUGCCCACAUGGGAUGCUGGCACUGCAGGCAGCAGCUUUACCUGCUACGCCACAGCGCCGGCUCCAUGAGCACACAUUUCAUCCUGCAGAGAUGUGGGGUGGCCAGCCCGGGGUCACCCCACUCGUGGCGGCCGUGCAGGCUUGUGGACCGCUUGGCUGCCCAGUGCGUGUUGUGCUUAGCUGCUGCGUCAGCAUCUCUGACAGUGACAGGGCCCGGCGGGGACUCGUGAUCCGCCCGGCUGGAGCUUGACCUCCGGGCGUCUGCACUGGACCUGAGCGCCCCCUUUCUUCUCGGCAGGUGUGUCCAGCAUCAUGGCCUCCUCCCAGUGACCGCCAGGACGAAUAAAGAGCUGCUGACUGA